AAAACGAUAACUCUCUAUGUUCCCAAUGAUUCGAGGAUCGGUUAUGGGAAUCAUCUGGAUGAUAUAUUGUGUUUGCCUAUCAUUUCAACAAGAGACGAGGUUCAUCUUCAAUGGCUUCGACCAAGAAGAUCAGAGUAUUCACCUUGACGGUGGUGCAAGAAUCCUUCCAAAAAAAGAUGUCCUGCAACUGACCAAUGAAACACUAACCCAAAUAGGUCGUGCGUUCUUCCAGCAGCCUAUUGAGUUCAAACCAUCUGAACCGGUCUCGUUCUCAACGCAUUUUGUGUGUGCGCUGGUCGGUGUAGGUGACGUGAGUGGCCAUGGCAUGGCGUUUUUUGUGUCUCAUUCCACUGAUUUCAUAGGCGCCCAACCAACUCGAUUCUUUGGACUUUUCAACUCCAGUGAAUCUGAUUCUACACGUGUGUUGGCUGUUGAGCUUGAUAUAGCUCAAGCUCCAGAUGUACUCGACAUCAGUGAAAAUCAUGUUGGGAUUGAUGUGAACAGCGCAAGGUCUGUGAAAUCUGCUAACGCUUCUUAUUUUUCUGACAAAGAAGGUAGGAAUAUAGAUAUGCAACUCUUGAGUGGAGAUCCUAUCCAGGUUUGGGUGGAUUAUGAAGGAACAACACUCAAUGUUUCUAUUGCUCCUCUUAAAAAACAGAAACCAAGCCGACCUCUUUUGUCAUCAACAUCCAUCAAUCUUACAGAGAUCGUGCAAGGAAGAAGGAUGUUCGUUGGGUUUUCUGGUGCAACAGGAUCAAUCAUGGUCAACCAAUACGUACUCGGGUGGAGUUUUAGCAAAAGCUUGGCGUCCCUGCAGAAGAUUGACAUCUCAAAACUUCCCAAAGUUCCUCAUCCUAGCAAUAAAGACAAGUCUUCAUCUCGGGUGCUUUAUGCUCUGCUUGGUUUAGUAGCUUUCUUAGUUUUGGUGCUUCUUUUUGGAGCUUAUAUGUAUAGGAGAAACUUGUACGCCGAAGUAAGAGAGGAGUGGGAACAGGAGUAUGGCCCACUCAGGUAUUCCUAUAAAUCUCUAUACAAAGCGACAAAAGGGUUCAGUAGAAAUGAAUUUCUUGGGAGAGGAGAAUUCUCAUCUCAGGAAGUGGAGAGGGUUCUGAAAGUCGGUCUGCUCUGUGCAAACCUUGCUCCAGAGGCAAGACCAUCCAUGGAACACGUGGUGCAAUACUUAAAUGGAAACCUAGCGUUGCCUGAGUUUUGGCCAUAUUCUCCCGGAAUUGGAGUUCUCACUCCAACGGCGUUUUCACAAGCACAGCUUAUGCUCCCUUCACUAUCACUGUCUACUUCCUCAUCCAACAGCUCCAUGUUUAUUACUCAUUCACUCCUCUACGGGAGCGGACGAUGAAGGUUUCAAUCAACUUCUCUUAUGUUUGGUAUCUUGUUAUUGACUGUUCUUAACCAUUUUCCAUUAGAUUUUUCAUUUUUGUUUCAUUAUAUGUCCCACCAUGUUCUUUUCUACAUUCUCCAUCAGGUCUGACUGGUAGAAAGAUGAGAUAAAGACUGAUCUUCGGUGUAAAUUCUUGUAACUACUUUACUAAAUACUUUGAUAAUCGGUUGUUGUCACUCUUUAUGUAAGGCAUAAGACUAUCAUAGAUUAACGACAUCAGAGAUUUUUGCAAAAGCUUGAACUUUGUAUGAGGUACUUGCAUCAGCUUUUUGUUCCUUUGACAAUCA